GUAAUAUAUAUUACAUUUACCAGAUGCUUUUAUCCAAAGCAACUAACAGACAUGAAUGCCAACAUUUUUUACGUGUGGGUGGUCGCGGGAAUCAUACCCACUAUCCUGGCGUUGCAAGAUCCAUAAUUUACCAAUUGAGCUACAGAGGACCAGAGAGAAGGGGGUAGGGCAGAGUAGAGAGAGAGUUAGGGAGGAGGAGAUUUGAAGAGAGCCUUGAGAGAGAGAGAAAGAGAGAGGGAAAAAGAGAGAGUGAGAAGCCUGGAGCAUGUGUAGAAAUGGGUAGGCUUGUUUAUGUACUGAGACUCUGUCUCCACUGACAACCAGGAGAGUAAUAGAGGAAGAGAGCCAAGGAGACUGAUAGAGACGAAGGGUUAGUGGCUGAAAGACAGAGAGAGACAAAUAGAAAACGAAACAUAGAGAUAAAGAAAGAGAUAAAGAGGGAGAGGAGGGCGCUAUAGAAACACAGGUAGGCAGUAUGCUACAGGGGGUUCUUAUUGCCCUCUUUCGCUUCUUCAGGGGAGGGGGACGGCAGGUGUUCCCGCCGGUGGAGGAGAGAGGGCCAUAUUCAAACUCCGUACAGUAUGCAUUGCUCCAACUGGCCUCAGUCACAGACUCCUCUUCCCUGCAGGAUGCCAUCAGAGAGGCUCUCCAGACUGUCUUUUAUGAAGUGGACAGUGUAUACGUCUAUCUAUUAGAUGCAGAGACAGGACGCUUGUGGUGUGAAGAACCACCCCAUGAGCUACCAAAGGACGGGAGACUCAGGGAUGUGGUUGUCCAGCAGAGGAGAGUACAGUGUGAAGGACUUCCUUCCUCAGAACUGCAGGAGCAACAGAGAGAGAGACUAACAGAGCCACUGCAGCAGGACAAACGAGUGUUGAUCAUUCCAAUCCUGGACCAGGGUGUAACUAACGCCCUCCUCUUGGUUUGCUGUACACAGCCCACUAAAGCUCAGGAACAAAGCCUUGAUGUCCUGGAGAGACAUGUCACCGUAGCCUGUAAGAGAGUCCAGGCCCUGCAGGGUCAAAGGCUCACCCAGGGGUUAGCGGUCAACAGGAAAUCAUAUCUAUCCCUGACCAGGAUGACAACACCUGAUGUGGACUACAGUGUACUGGACCAUCAGAUCCUGAGGCUUUGUGGAGAGUUGUAUGACCUGGAUGCUGCCACCCUCCAACUAAAAGUAAUCCGUUAUCUGGAGGAGCAGACUCAUUCAUUGUGCUGUUGUUUACUUCUGGUAUCAGAGGAUAACCAACAGCUGUUCUGUCAGGUAGUUGGAGACAAGGUUCUGAAGGCGGAGAUCAGUUUCCCUCUGACAUUUGGCAACCUUGGUCAGGCUGUGGAGAAGAGGAAGAGCAUCUACCUGCAAGACGUCACUCAAGAAGAACACCAGCAGCUGAACAGCACUCUGGGAUUUGAAGUUCUCUCCAUGCUGUGUGUUCCUGUUGAGUGUCGGGCCACCACCAAGGUUGUGGCUCUUGCCUGUGCCUUCAACAAAAAAGGAGCAGACAGACACACAGAGGUGGAUGAACACAUAGUGCAGCACUGUUUCUGCUACACUUCCUCAGUACUGACCAGCACACUGGCCUUCCAAAAGGAACAGAGACUCAAGUAUGAAUGCCAGGCACUGCUUCAGGUCGCCAAAAACCUUUUCACACACCUGGGUAAGUAUCAUACUUUACCUAUUAUCCUUGUUUUAGUGGUACAGUGGGGCAUCAUUUUUUGCUGUUAUAACAACAUUUAUAUAUCUCGGUCUCCAGAUGAUGUAUCAGUCCUGCUAAAAGAGAUCAUUGCAGAAGCACGGAGUCUCACCAGUGCAGAAAUUUGUUCUGUGUUCCUGUUGGACAGUGUCAGUCAUGAGCUGGUUGCCAAGGUGUUUGAUGGAGGAGUGGUUAUCAAUGAGGAAACAGAGCUGCGUAUCCCUGCUGACCAGGGCAUAGCAGGCCAUGUGGCCACCACAGGGAAGAUCCUCAACAUCACAGAUGCCUACUCCCACCCUCUCUUCUACCGCGCCGUGGACGACAGCACAGGUUUCAGGACACGCAACAUCCUCUGCUUCCCCAUAAAGGACGAACAUGGAGAAGUGAUUGGGGUGGCUGAGCUGGUCAACAAGACUAAUGGACCAUGGUUCACCCGCCUGGAUGAGGACUUGGCCACAGCCUUCUCCAUAUACUGUGGCAUCAGCAUCGCUCAUUCCCUCCUGUAUAAGAGGGUCGACGAAGCCCAGUUUAGGAGUCAGCUGGCCAAUGAGAUGAUGAAGUACCACAUGAUGGUGUCAGAGGAGGAAGUGACCCGGCUACUGACUGUGGGAAUCCAGCCUGUAGGGGAAAUCUACCCCAGCUUCUCCAGCUUCACCUACACACCUCGCUCCCUGUCAGACGACAGCACACCCACGGCCAUUAUCAGCAUGUUUGAGGACAUGGGCUUCAUAAACACCUACAAGAUCAACAUGCACACGCUGGCCAGGUUUUGUCUGAUGGUGAAGAGAGGCUACAGGGAUCCUCCAUAUCACAACUGGAUGCACGCAUUCUCAGUCUCUCAUUUUUGCUACCUCCUCUGCAAGAACCUGGAGCUCUCCAACUACCUAGAGGAUAUCGAGAUGUUUGCUCUUUUUGUGUCCUGCAUGUGUCAUGACUUGGACCACAGAGGGACCAACAACUCCUUCCAGGUGGCAUCGAAAUCUGUGUUGGCUGGCCUGUAUAGUUCUGAGGGAUCUGUGCUGGAGAGGCACCACUUUGCUCAGACGAUUGCCAUACUCAACACCCAGGGCUGCAACAUCUUUGAAAAGUUAUCUAGAAAGGACUACCAGAGGAUGCUUGACCUGAUGAGGGACAUCAUCCUAGCCACAGACUUGGCUCAUCACCUACGGAUCCUGAAAGAUCUGCAGAAAAUGGCAGACGUGGGCUACAACACCAAAGACCCUCAGCACCAUAACCUGCUACUGUGCCUGAUCAUGACCUCCUGUGACCUCUCUGACCAGACCAAGGACUGGAAGACCACCUGGAAGAUCGCAGGACUUAUUUACAAGGAAUUCUUUUCUCAAGGAGAUCUGGAGAAGGCUAUGGGGAACCGUCCCAGUGAGAUGAUGGACAGGGAGAAGGCCUACAUCCCAGAGCUGCAGACAAGCUUCAUGGAGCACAUAGCCAUGCCCAUCUAUAAACUCCUCCAGGACCUGUUCCCCAGGUCGGCAGAGCUGUAUGAAACCGUGGCUAGCAACAGAGAACAGUGGGGUAGGGUUUCUCACAAGCUCAACAUUAAGCGGUGGCCCGGCAACGAUUCUCUGGACUACCUAGAUGCAGAGUUUGAGCAGCUACAGGUUGAGCAGAACGGACAGACGGAACAGGGAGGACAGGACAGACAGACAGAGCAGGAAAUGGAUGAUGAGACCAAUGGUAGCCCUCCAGCCCAGCCCGAGGCCACAGCAAGACAGCCAGGAGUCAUGGAGAACUAACACCUACAUCAAAGUGAUUUCGAUUUUAUAUUAUGUCAUUCCCAAAAUGGUUCGUGGCUCAAUCAUUAUUUUAUUACCUCCCCCUGCAAAGACACCUAUUUUACAGGAUGUUGUGUAUGUUGUGGCUGAUUUCUGUACAACAAUCUAAAUGAUAAUUCUCUCACAUUGCAGUAGGUGUGAAACACAAUGCAGACAGCAGGGGGACACAGAAAAUGAUUAAAUACAUAGAAUUGGAGAGAAGAAUAUUAUGACGGUUAUUAACUCAUUUUACAAAUUAUAAUUUUUCCUUUGCCUUGAGUUUCUCACAAUGAUAUUUGAAGUUUGUGUGAAUCUUUAAAGGUAGGUAUUGAGGGUUAUCAGGUAGAACCAUGUACAUUGUAAACCAGGGGUGAACGUAGAUUAACAUUUUUACCAGUAUGGAACACCCAGGUGCGCGCAAGCAUUUUUUAAACCUACAUAAAGUACAGGGUAGCCUACUCUGCUAACACUGACAAACAGAUCAAUAAACACUAAAAGUGGCACUGACCCAAUUACAAAGACAGUGAAUAUGCACACACCUAUGGGGAUAUGGCCGAUGUUCUCCGCUGGUGCCAAUAAGGUAACUUAAUUGAGCGAACAGUAGCAUACGAAUUUUGAUAAAUAAAAUACAGAUAUUUUCAUUGUCAUCUCUUUACAGCAAUAGCCAUUUGCUUUCCAAACAGUUUUUCAGCGAAUGUAUUUUUAAAUAUUGCGAUAUGCCUGGUUAGGUCUCUGCUUUUCACUGACAGUAGUAACUCAAUCAUCGAUUUUGGUAUUUGCAGCCUGCACUGUCCAAAUGUACUAUUUUCAAUGAUUUUAUUUAUGUAUAGACAGGAUUAAGCUAAUUAGGCCAUAUAAUUUCGGCAAAUUAAUUCAAUUUACUUUAGGGAAACUUCCCCUGGCCUUAUGGCACGCCGCCUAUGCCGUUUAAUGUGGCAUGAACACAACCAGUCAUGAUGUUUCCAUCUGUAGGCUACCCGCGCACAUGCGUCCAAUCACAAAAUAAUUUCAGCAUCCAAACCCCAACAGUGCACUGUGCACCCUCAAUUUGAUGUGGCCGACAUGCAGUAAUGUUAAAUAAUUCUGUAAUAGCCUAUAGUUUUUUUGGGGUAUGUUGUAUUAAUUGUGAUAGGCUCACGUUUUACCGGUAAGCACACCCCCACUAUGUAUUUUGCCGGGAUGCCGUAACGGACCAUAUUUUCAACCCGUUUGUAAACAGAAUGUAACAAGCUUGCCUUACCUUGUUUGGGUUGCCUUCAACAUGAGAAACUGCUCGAUUGUUAAUAUAUAUACUUUGUGGUGUUGUGCAUAUAUAAAACAAUGUUGGUGAUUGGAAUGUAUAAUGUAGGCCUACUGUAUAUAUAUUUUUAAGUUAUCAAUUUAAUAGUUUAUAGCACACAUUUUUCUUAACAUGUUUCUUCUCCCCCGUAUCCCCUCCAAACACUGUUUUCAGAGUUUGUGUAAUCUGGUCUGAUUUGGACAUUGCUUUUUGAAUGUGUGACAUGUAGAAAUGGCAUGGGGUCGAUAUGCAUUUAGGUUUUUGUAACAGCUAACUAUAUUAAGUUCUUAUGUUGAUGUGUCUGUUUGCCUUUUUCAAUUUCCAAAUACCAAAAAUAUAGAUAAUUCUGUGAAUUCUUGAAUCUACAUGUUAACAUGAUGCACUGGAUAUUUAUAUUUGUUCCUAAUAUCUGUGCACAAAUAAAAAUGUUUUGCACACAA